AUGGACACAGACCCUAAUUCUUCUACCAGAGGAGUCGAACUCACGGGUACCCCUGAUCAAAUAGCUAAGGCUGAGCAGUUGAUUAAAGAUGUUCUUGCUGAGGCUGAAGCAGGUGGUUCUGGCACAGUUACUCGGCGGUUUACUGGACAGCCACCUGGAGCAGAACAGUUUGUAAUGAAAGUUCCUAACAACAAGGUGGGGCUUGUUAUUGGUAAAGGAGGUGAAACCAUUAAAAAUAUGCAAGCAAGUUCAGGAGCACGUAUCCAGGUGAUACCUUUACAUUUGCCACCGGGGGAUAUGUCCUUGGAGAGGACCGUGCAAAUUGAUGGAAGCAGCGAACAGAUAGAGGUUGCGAAACAGUUGGUCAAUGAAGUCAUCAGUGAGAAUCGCCUUAGAAAUCCAGCAAUGACCAGUGGUUAUGCUCAGCAAGGUUAUCAAAAUCGACCUCCUACAAGUUGGGCACAGCCUGGUGCACAAAUGCAGCAGCAACCCGGUUUCGGCUAUGUUCAACCCGGUGCAUACCCAGGUCCAUCACAACCCCAAUAUAACUCGAAUCAACCACAUUAUCCCGGUUAUCCUCCUCAACCCACCUCAGGUGGAUAUGCUACUGGCUGGGACCAAACAACAACUCCACCAAAUCAGCAAGCUGCUCAGGCUGGCUAUGAUUACUAUAGUCAGCAGCCACCUGCUUACAGUCAAGGACAAAGCUACUCCCAAGAUAGCUAUGGUGGAUAUAAUUCUACGGCACCUCAAGCUAGCUAUGGUCAGCCCCAGCCAAAUCCCGUUCCAGGCUAUGAUCAGCAGCAACAAGUUUACAAUUCUACCUAUGGUAAUGUCUCAAACCAGACAUCCGAUGGCCAGACCUCUGCAUAUGGAACCACGGGCGAUGCCAUUGAAGCACCUACAUCUGGCCAGUCUGGUUAUGGGGCCACCCCGACUUCACAGAGUGCUUAUGGAACCCAACCCCCAGCAGGUUAUGGCCCUGGUUAUGGACCACCUCAAGGUCAAAAACUUCCUAGUCAGCCAGCUUAUGGGCAGCCACAGCAGUCACCAAGUGCCCAAGGAGGGUAUUCUCAGCCUCAGGUGCAGCCUGGUUAUGCUCAGUCUCAGCCUCCACCUACUCAGCCAGGUUAUCCCCAAUCAGAUUCCAGUAUCCAGCGACCUUCAUCGGGUUAUCCAACAUCUCAGCCUGGGUACGGUCCCCCACCUUAUGGAGCACCUCCCACUCAACCUGGGUAUGUUCAACAGCAGCCAGCACUUCAUAACACAGCUUAUGGUGGUGGUUAUUCCCAACCUCCAGUUUAUUCUGCUGAUGGUUCUGCAGCUGGUGGUGCACGUGGAACUUAUGAUGCAGCUCCCACCUCUCAAACUGUCCAGCCUAGUGGAUCUGCUAAAGCCUCACCACCCAGUUGA